AUGGGUGGGGGGUGGCUGUAUCCCGGGGGUGAUGGUGAUGGGGGGGGAGCCUGGUGCGCCAGGGGGGGUUGGUGGGGGAGGGGCCGGGGGCUCCCAGGGGGUUUGGAUGGGCGCGUGGGCGGCCUGGUUCUCCAGGGGGGUGUUGUGUACGCACUGGAUCCCCAGGGGGGGAUGUUUGGGUGGGGUAGCCUGAUCUCCAGGGGUUGGUUGGUGGGGGUGGGCCGAUCUCCGAGGGGUAGGGUGGGGAUCGCCUGGAGCCCCAUGGGGGUGUUGGGUUGGGUGGGAUGCCUGUUCUCCAUGGGUUAA